AUGUCUAACAAUCGAACAAGAAACGAUUAUAUUAUCUGCAUGUGCACUCGGUGCACAGUGUCUAAUCCAUCUGGAAAGUGUCAAAGAAAGCAAAAUGCAAAACGACAUUACAAACAAUAUGGUGCACCAGUUUUGGCAGCCAGUGCAAUGGAUAUGCGAAAUGAAAAUGUUGAUCGUAUGGAAAUAGACUAUAAUUCUGAUGUUGAUGUUGAUUUUAAUGUCAAUGAAGAAGAUUAUGCUAUUACUCUCAAUCCAUUAAUCGACAAUGAAUAUACUCAGCCAAUUCACGUAUCUUUACUCCAAGAGGAUGCGAUUUUUUUUUCAGAAGACGCAGGCCCGCAGUCAUUUGUUAUUGAUGGCGAUGAUAUUGAGGAGGGCGGAACAAGCUUUGGUUUCGAGAAAGACGAGGCCUUUGAGGAUCCUGCAUUGAGCUCGAUGAAAAUGCAAGCUCAUCAGUAUCCUUUGAACAAUAUGUCUGUCUAUAUCCGUUUUAUGGCUAUCUUCAUUGUUAUCUUUCAUUUGGUGUUUCUGGUGGAUAAUGAUGGAUCGAUCCUCAUCGAAUUUUGCAAUAUCCUUCUCUCUCUUUUUGAUCUUACUGGUGCUCUUCCCUUGACAAUUGACAGCUUGAAACACAUCACAGGUUUCAACACAGCAACAGGCGGAAUUACGGUGUAUGUGACAUGCUCAAAAUGUCAUACAAUUUAUCCUCCAAACACAAGCACAAAAAAUUGCACAUUCAAAUUAUUCACUCAUUCAAAUACCUGCAACAACGCCCUCUUUAAAUCUACAAGUGGCAAUCGUUCUUCUCCAGUGAUGUGGAAGGAAGCCAAAAAUGCAGCUGAGCAUACCCGACUUGAAAGAAGCAAUGGCACUCGAUGGUCUCAACUUCAUUUGCUUACAUACUUUGAUCCUGUUCGGUGUACAAUCAUAGACCCUAUGCACAAUCUCUUUCUUGGAACUGCCAAGUGCAUGGUGCAGAUUUGGAAAGAGCUAGAGUACUUUGACAACCAAACUCUGUUGGCCAUGCAAGAUCUGGCAAAUGGUGUUGUUGUUCCACCUGACUAUGCACGUAUCAACAAAAAGAUAGCUGACGGAUUUUCUUUCAUGAAAGCUGACGAGUGGAAAUUGUGGUGCCUUAUUUACUCUCUUUUUAUUCUGAAGCGCAUUCUUCCAGUGAAGCAUCUUUCCAACUGGAUGUUUUUUGUGAAUGCUUGCCGUUUACUCACAAAACCCUCUGUUACUCCUGACGACAUAUCCAGUGCCCACGCCCAUCUCCAAUCGUUCUGUAAAGGGUUUGAAAAGCUGUAUAAAGAAUUCCCUGUCACUCCAAACAUGCAUUUACAUCUCCAUCUGGGCAAGUGUAUUAACGAUUUCGGCCCGAUUUAUGCUUUCUGGUUGUUCAGCUUUGAAAGAUAUAAUGGGUUGCUUAAGAAUCUCGACACAAAUCAAAAGGGUGAAUUCGAAGUAACUAUGAUGAAGCGUUUCUUGGAAAAGGCGUACGUUGGCAACUACAUCCGAUCUUUUGAAGAGAAAUUCCCUGCAAGCACAGUUAAUUUUCUACAUAGCAUCACUCGCAGUCAAGUUAUUUUAGAGCAACCUUCUUCAAUGAGCAGCUUGUUUAUAUUGUCCACAUUUAUCGAAUACUCUAUGAAUCCUCGAAAAUCAGUUAUGGGAUGUGAACCUUUGCCAUCAGAUGUGCUGUCAUUCAAGGUCGAGCCGAAAAUUGUCAUGUGCAAAGAGCAUUACGAGUGUUUAUAUCAAUAUUAUAAGGACGCGUACAACAGUCACAAUAUUUUUGGUCACUACUCAGAUUGCCGCGCUGGCCAGAUUUUUGUUAAUAAUCGUAUUAUAAAAGUCAAGCAGAUAUCCCUUCUUGGCCAACAGUAUUUUUCUGGUUCUUACUUUCAAGCCCUUUUCGUCGAAAAGAAAAGUGAAGACAUUUCCGCAUUUCCUGGCCGCAUUUUAUAUCUAUUUCAACACACAUUGAACUUUGGUAACAUUGAUGUCAUUCAUACUUUUGCCUUUGUUGAAUGGUAUGCGAGUUACUCGUCAGGAAACGUCCAACCACUGAAAAAUGAAAAAAUUGAAUUGUGGCAAGAACCAUCCAGUUUGCUAACUUAUGAGAACAUCAUUCCUGUCCACCGAUUGUACUCACCAGUUGCUGUAGCAAAAUAUAGGCCUACAAUAACAAGUGACUUUAAACGUCUAGUAAUACCUUUACCUAAAAAAAUUGAAUAUUAG